UGCACAGCCAGGCACUGGAAGCCAGAGGGUCCGAAUUCAAGCCCAAAGACUGCACUUGUAUAAAAACAAAACCAACCACAGAAGAGCAUCAGGGAGAAAGAGUUUGUACCCAGCUGGGAGUGAAAAAGGCCCGCAGAGGAGGGAGGCGCUGUAGGUAAGAAGUGGACGAAACAGUUCCUCCCCCUCCGGGGAGCUUAAGUUCUAGUCGGGGAGACACGCAAAAAACACCAUAAUCCCCCAACGAAAUGCGCUUAGGAGCUUCGGGAAGAUCCAGAGUGAGGUUGACACCAGGCCGCCGCAAGACCUACUCGACUCGGGCAACCCCGGGUUCCGCCCAGCGCGAGUUGCUAGGAGCUCGCCUCCGCGGCGGCGAGGGACUGUACCGGCCGGCCGAGUCUCGCGAGGAUCUUCGAGGUUUCGCGCGGGACCGCCCAUCGGUUGCCGGGAGACGCUGCGGCCUCCGUCGGGCGGGCGCCUCUGUCUGCAGGUCGCGGCGGGAAUCCACCGCGAGAGCCAUGGCGCCCAAGAAGAAAGGGAAGAAAGGGAAAACCAAAGCUACCCCGAUUGUUGACGGGCUUGCUCCGGAGGACAUGAGCAAGGAGCAGGUGGAAGAGCAUGUCAGCCGUGUCCGCGAGGAGCUGGACCGUGAGCGUGAGGAGCGCAACUACUUCCAGUUGGAGCGGGACAAGAUCCAUACCUUCUGGGAGAUCACGCGGAGGCAGCUGGAGGAGAAGAAGGCCGAGCUGCGGAACAAGGACCGGGAAAUGGAGGAGGCUGAGGAGAGGCACCAGGUUGAGAUCAAGGUGUACAAGCAGAAGGUGAAGCACCUGCUGUACGAGCAUCAGAACAACCUGACAGAGAUGAAGGCUGAGGGUGCCGUGGUCAUGAAGCUGGCCCAGAGGGAGCACUGCGCACAGGAGGGUGCGCUGCGCAAGGACAUGCGGGCGCUGAAGGUGGAGCUCAAGGAGCAGGAGCUGGCCAACGAGGUGGUGGUGAAGAACCUGCGGCUGAAGCACAGCGAGGAGGUCACCAAGAUGCGGAAUGACUUCGAGAGGCAAGUGCGAGAAAUUGAGGCCAAGUAUGAUAAAAAAAUGAAGAUGCUUAGGGAUGAACUUGACCUGAGGAGAAAGACUGAGAUCCACGAGGUGGAGGAGAGAAAGAACGGCCAGAUCAACAUGCUGAUGCAGCGGCAUGAAGAAGCCUUUACGGACAUCAAGAACUACUACAACGACAUCACCCUCAAUAACCUGGCUCUCAUCAACUCCCUCAAGGAGCAGUUGGAGGACAUGCGCAAGAAGGAAGGUCACCUCGAGAGGGAGAUGAUGGAGGUGUCCGCGCAGAACAAGCGCCUGACAGACCCUCUCCAGAAGGCUCGGGAUGACGUGACUGAGAUGCAGAAGAAGCUCGGGAACUAUGAGAGGGACAGACAGACCCUGGUUCGCACAAAAGCACGUUUGAAGGUUGCCGAGAAAGAGCUAAAGGACCUGCAGUGGGAACACGAGGUGCUGGAGCAGCGAUUUCUCAAGGUACAGCAGGAGCGAGAUGAGCUGUACAGGAAGUUCACCGCGGCCAUCCUGGAGGUGCAGCAGAAGGUGGGCUUCAAGAACCUGGUUCUGGAGCGGAAGCUGCAGGCGCUGAGCGCUGCUGUGGAGAAGAAAGAGGUGCAGAUUAAUGAGGUGCUGGCGGCCUCCAACCUGGACCCUGCUGCCCUGACCCUUGUGUCCCGCAAGCUGGAGAAUGUUCUAGAAUCAAAGAACAACACUAUCAAGGACUUGCAGUAUGAGUUGGCCCGGGUCUGCAAGGCCCACAGUGACCUGCUGCGCACCUAUGAGGCUAAGCUCCUGGCCUUCGGAAUCCCUCUGGACAACGUGGGCUUCAAGCCUCUGGAGACGGCCGUGAUUGGGCAGACGCUGGGCCAGGGUCCCGCGGGGCUCGUGGGCACCCCAACGUAGUGCCCGCCCGGGACUGCUCCCUGGAUGACACUCCCUUUCACCAAGGACAGGAGCGGUUUGUCUUUCUAUUUGUAUCGUCUGCAAAUGAAGUUUUUCUACAUUUGCUGUGUGUCCUGUUGCCUGGCUACGUGGAGGAGAGGCACCUCCAGGACCCAUGGUACCCUGACCACUUCCUUCCCUGCCGCCCUCCUUCCCACCUCGGGCCAGGGCAGCAGCAGCCGAGCCCAGGAACCGCAGCAGCCUUGCUGAUGCCAGCACUGACUUUAUUGAUGCCUGAGACUCCGCGGCUACUGGAAAUUGGGGGGCCAGAAUCUCCCGCAGGGAGUGUGAACUGGUGCCCUCUGUUGAGGAGUCCCAGUGAGCUGUGGGGAUGGGAUUGAUGCUCACAGGCCAGCAGUUGUCCAGAGGAGGCGAUGGCGCAGCCACUAGCUUCCUCGAUACGUGGUGUAGGACCACGGGCUCAGCAGCAGGGGCACAUGGAACCUGUGGGUCUCGUUGGUGAUGGUGAAAACGACCUGAGAAGCAGAGAGGGCACCGGGACAGAGUGAGGGUCCGGUGCAGCACACAGGCAGCCCAGACUGUGGACCAGGGGCAGAAGUUAAGUGGGGCUGGAGCCCCGAGGGCCAGAUGAAGCCAGUGGAGAACUGGAAAAUGGUGAGGGCUGCGGAUGGGGCUGAAUCCUCCCCCGGAGAAAGCCCUCGGCUUGGGGAACUCGAAGGAUCCGCCCUGAACAGGGUCAGGUGAGUGCCUCUGUCCACAGGGGCUGAGUCACUUUUGGCCCUGCCCCACAGCUUUACCCAGGGACAGGGCAGGGAUGGGUGUGUUGUGGUAAAAUCCCUGGACACCUUUCUUCUGAGAGCUCAAAGCAGGUGAACUCACUGCUUGCCACCGCCCAGGGAGAGGUGGGACCAGCCUGCCCACUGCAGGAAUCUUGGUGAAUCACAGGCCUCCACCCCUCUGGCCCACCCCCGGCCCUCACCUCCACAUACGGGUAGAAGCUCUCCUGCCCCCUCUUCUUCCAGUAGCCCUCAGUGUCAAAGGACAGCUUGUAGGUGCCUGCCUUCAUCGGGCCUGGUGGCAGGAGCCCCGGGCAGCGGCCAUCCGAGUCGGUGUAGCUGGGGAGAGUGGA